UGAUUUAUUUCCGGUUCCUGUUGGGUAUCAUGGCGUUAGAGGCUGCUAGAGAUAUGAUGGAGGAUGACGAUUUGGAGGAUGGGGAGCUGAGCGGCUCUGAUAGUGACAUGAACAUGGCUGGACUGGUAGACAAGGGCCAGAAACAACAUAAACCACAAUUGACCAGUUCUUCAAUAGGAUAUAGGACUAACCCUCCAUUUCAGUCUAAUGUCCCCUACCGAAAUAUAAAAAGCCUUGACUCCAGUGAUGAUAGUCAGUCUGAUUCUGAUGAAGAAGAUGGGGCUCUAUGGAGGCGAAAGCGCCAGAAGUCUUCUCAUUCUGUCCGUGAAGCUUGCAGGACCACCACAACUGGUGCUAGUGGGGUAAAAGUCAACAACAUAUGGGGGGCAGUGAUUCAAGAGCAAACACAGGAGGCAGUGGCCAAUGAACUGUGUAUAAUGGACAUGGAAAGUCAACUGGAUAUGAGCAGGCAAUCAGAGACUUAUAACUAUGUCCUUGCAAGGAAGAUGAUGGCAAAAGAAAAUGAUGAUGAGGUACGUAAACUGGACAAAGAGUUGGAGGAAUAUAUGCAAGAAGAGAAGGAGCCUGCACCAAAAGAGGAGAAUGGACACCUGAAGAGGAAGCGGCCUAUAAAGGAAAGACUAGGAGAGAGAUUAGAAAUGGACUACAAAGGCCGAUAUGAAAUAUGUGAGCUUGAUCCUGAAGACAAAGUUUCAGAUGAAAUUGCGCAUAGGCUAAGAGAGCCCAAGAAAGACCUGAUAACGAGGGUUGUGAAAACUAUUGGAACCAAGAAAGCCAUCGAGCUUGUUAUGGAAACUGCAGAAAUUGAACAAAAUGGUGGACUAUUUAUCUUGAAUGGCAGCAGGAGGAGAACCCCUGGUGGAGUUUACUUGAAUCUGCUGAAAAACACCCCAAGCAUUACAUCAGAUCAAGUAAAGGAAAUAUUUUAUUUAGAAAACCAGAAAGAGUGUGAAACCAAAAAGGCUGCAAAAAAGAGAAGACGGCACAUGAUCGUAAAGAAGAUGAAGCAGGCCAUCAAAGGCCUUAGCUUUCAAGAGCACGACGAUACUUCAAGAGAAACUUUUGCAAGUGACACAAAUGAGGCUUUGGCAUUACUAGAUGAUGAACACACAGAAAUGAAAGCCGAAACAGAAGACCCAAUUGAAUUUGAUAAUUCACAUGAUCUUGAGACUUUUUAACAGGACAUGGUUUUUGGACAUUGCAAGAAAUGAGGGCUCUGUUAGGUAGAAACACUUUUGUUAGUCAAUUUUUUUAUUUUUUUUUAAUAGACUCAAAAAUCUGGAAUUUAAGAUGUAAAAAGGCAAAUUAAUUAUAUAGGAUAACGUGAAACUAAACAAAUUUCUCAAUGUCACCCCCCCCUCCCAACUAUUGUGGGUGAUUUGCCUUAUUUUGCCUUUAUUUUUUGUUUAACUGAAUGGAGUCAAUAUUUGCAUAUACAGUAUCCCAUGCAAAUGUGAGUGUUUAUUGUAUAUCUCAAAGAAGCUUGCUUCAGCCUUGCACACAAGCAUCUCUCCACUAUCCGUUUUUAGAGGGCAGCCUUGCAUUAUCUAGGUGUGUAUUUUAAAUCUGAGACAUUUCUUAUACUACGUGCGCAGCUGGAUGAUAUAUUGGUGGACUGAAACCAUCAUCUUGUUAUGGAUGAUUCAUUUCACAAAUCGGAGUAGUUUCUCUGUUAUACGGAGGACUUUGUUUCUUGCAUGUUAAUGGCAUGAACUGAGAAAUGCAAAACAGAAACAAAGCAUGGGUAAAACUUUGCUGCUUAAGAACUUUGCUGCCUGCAAGGUUAUAGCUUUGCAUUUAGCACUACAGAUUUGUCUGCUCUGCCUUUUUUUUUUUUUUUUUUAAGUUGACUUGAUAAUUCUGAGAAGAAAAUGCUUUUUUUUUUUGUUCUAUUGAUACCAUUAAAGAAAGGUGAACUGUAAGACAACUCUCAAAACUACUUUAAUCUCAUCUUUGUGCAUUUUAGUAGUAUUUUAGUCUAAGAUUACUUCUGAAUUGAUCCCUUUUAGCUGUUAAGCCCUUGUUACCAGAGAUAGGUGCUCUUUCUGCCAUAACCCCCUCUUAGAUUCAAAUAACCUAGACACUAAAUGGCACUUCAAAGGUAAUCACACAAACAAAUUUCAAGUGCAUAACUUAUAAGGUAUGGUUUAUUAGUCAUGCAUUUUUCUAGACUUACAAAGUAUUAUCUGUCUAUUAAAGUAAACCGGUAUGGCAUUUAAUGACUGUUGAAAUCAAACUCUGUAUUGUGUGAUAAUGAACUAAUAGAGCAUAAGAAAUAUUUGUUAAUCUGCAAAUGAUUUUUGCUGAAUUCAGAAUAUUGGUGCAAGUUUUAAAGUGCAUUCUACGUUCUGUAAUAAAUCAAAUCCAGCUGA